AGAUUCUACCACCCUCUAUACGACCAAUACAACUCUGCCCUUUCUCCACCUCUUCCUUUUUUUCCUUUUAAUACCCUUUAACCAUGCCCGCCAAGCAGCACCACGAGGAAGACGACAACGUGCCUCCGCGCGAUGAGGCCGAGCGCCGCGCCGCAGAGUACGAGGACGCCCACCACGAGCGUUCCGGUGCGAAGAAGGUCAUUGACACCCCCAGCCACCAGGGCAAGCCGAAGUCGGUGCGCUAA